GUGUAGGCUUAAACCAAGAUAAAAUGCCCUGAAUACUUUAGUACAUGACAUAACCUUUACUGAUGCUAUACACAAGAAAGGUUUAAUCAUGUCUCGCAUUUUGUAAAAUAUUCUUUAUUAUUUAUUCAAAUACAUCACACCACAUAUAUAAUCAUAUGUAAUCUGACGUAAAUGGCUUCCAUAGUAAAUACAACUUAAACAUUGAUGCACACUAAUAAGCUAACCAUAAACAGUAAAGUGCUAUAAUAGGCACAGAAGCCUCUGCUUUAUGAAUAAUGACUUAAUGCUUAUGCUCACAUAGAGAACGUUGCUCAGGAUUAAAUGAUGUCAGUCAGGAAGAGACUGAGGGAAUGUUUUUCUAUCAAUUAGAAUGAAUAGAAACUGCAUUACCGCACCUACUACCUACCAACCACCAACAACAAACAAAUCGGUUCAUUUUAAACAUUUUCCACCCACUCAUCUUGGGUGUGGCUUAUCACUUUAUUACUACCAACCACGCUCCAGGGAGUAAACAUACUCUAGUUGUCAGUGUACUACUGAAUACUGUAGACGCUCAUAGAACUUCAGGGACGUCAGCAUUAAAUCAAAAGAGCAUAUUCCAGAAAGUGAAAGCCAAAUAUGGCAAAUGGACCGGGCCUGUCCACUGCUAACGGAGGGGAAGUUUAUGUGGGGAGUGAAAUACAGGACUCUCCUGCUCUGUUGGAUGUUCUCUACGCGAACCACUUUGAAGGACAGCGUUUCGCUCCAGAACUUAUUAAGCAGACGGAGGAGAACUUCUACAGAGGAGCACCACCUCUGUGGUUAAACUUUCACAUCAGUGAACAGGCUGAGUCAGACGGCACAAGGACUCCGCUCAUCAAACGAGAUGGAUAUGACACAUUAAAACAACAAAUUAAGCAAAAAAAAAAUCACCCUGGAAUAUCAACCGUCAAGCUGUUCCACCAGCCGGGAUGUGGGGGCACGACACUGGCCAUGCAGGUGCUGUGGGAUCUGCGAAAAACCUUCCGAUGUGCUGUUUUAGAAGACUCAACCUCAGACAUGAAAAGUGUUGCAAAGGCCGUGGUCCAGCUCUUCACAGCCGGCAGUCGAGACGUCCAGAACACAGUCCUGCUUCUACUGAACAACGAGCAGAUUCUGGAUCAUUUAGAAGAGAGCAUUAAGGAAGUGAUUGCUGAACAGCGGGUAGUUCCUAAAAUGCCUGUGCUGGUUUUAUUCUGCUGCGUGAGAAAGAACGCAGUUCGACAGGUUAACUACGUUUUCCUUGAAAAAAGUCUCUCAGGGAGAGAGAUGAAAAAGUUCAAUGAGAAAAAGAACGAGCUGAGCCAACAGUACCCUAAUCGGCACCAGCAAUUUCAUGGCUUUAACAUCCUUCAAACAAACUUCUCUAAGGACUAUGCCAGAGAAGUGAGCACUGUAUUUACAAAGCUCCUAAACGCAAAGCGAAAACUAAGGUCCCAGCUGGCUGCCUUCCUGGCUCUGCUGAACACCUACGUACCAGGUUCGUAUCUCAUGGAGUCCCAGUGUCUGGAGUUCUUCCAACACUAUGACUCUAACCACAAGGGCACUUAUCUGCAGACCAGAAUGAAACCAUUUAGUGAUUUAAUCGUCACUUUCACACAAAAUACAAGUCCUAAAAAACUAGUUCGACUGGCUAAUCCUAUAAUAGCAGAGCAAUGUGUUGAAGUGAUGGCAGAGGAAGGGGUAACCAGAAGUGGCACAGCAAGAAACUUCAUUACCUAUUUCUGCAGAGCUGGGGUUCCUCCAUUUUUGCUAGAUUUUAUUAAAGUCAUGCUAACAAAAAGAGAAGAAAAGGAGGAAGGGGAAGGGGAAGAAGAGCAUGAGAUUAAAGAAAAAAGGUUUUCAAGACUAAUUCUAGAUAUUCUAAAGUUUGAGGGUAAACCCAUAAGUGCAAAAGUGUUGGAAGUAGCUGCAAAGAAAAUAGCAUACCCAAACGGAAAGAAAAAUCUGUUUUUUCCACAGGCACUUGCUCGUCUUUACUACAUAGAAAUAAAAAAUUACAUUCAGGCAGAAAGGUGGGCAAAAGAAGCAAAGAAAAGAGAUCCGGGAAACUCAUUCAUUGCUGACACACUGGGACAGGUCUAUAAGAAUCAUCUGAAAAACAGAGCAAGAGAGAGUACUGCCACACAGAGAGAAAUAUUGAAACUGGCUACAAAGGCCAUCAAAGCUUUCAAAGAUGCAGAACUACUUGCUGAAAGUGAAAGUGGGACAGACAUGAAAGCUGAUGGUGUCCAAGUCUCACAUUUCUACAAUGCCCGAUGUCAGUUUGGUUACUUGCAGGUUUGUAUAAUUCUGUAUUACAGUCUUGUCGAUCAGAAUGAAAUCUGGGAAGAGGUGCUCACAAAGAAAGUGCCCUUGGGUUCUGUCCUGAGAUCACUUGGAGACAACAAACUGUUCCGAUUUAAGAAACUGAUAGAACAGCUCAGAGAUGACGUGAAGGAGAAGUGUGAAUUUUUAAAUACCUUUCUAACGUAUUCAAAGCCCAGUCUCCAAAAAAAGGAUCCAUCAGACUGCCAGAGAACUGUGACGACAUGUUACCGCAUCUAUGUUGAACGUCCAGAACCUGACCUUGUAAUGGAAAUCAAGGACAAACUCAGAGAUGACAAUGAAGAGGCAGCAGAAGAUGCAGAGUCCCCAGAGUCUUGCCUUGCUGCAGUCCUGAAGGAAUGGUCAAUGGACAACCAAGACAAUUCUCCAAACCUAAAGCCACUAAUUCAGAAGACUAAACAUUCUUAUGAGGCUGCAUUUGGAAAGUACUUCAGAUCAAGAUAUCUAUGUCCUUUAUUUUACCUUGGUAGAGAAAUUGUUCCAGCAAACACUAUACACGGUUUGGUGGAAAAUCAGGACAAAACAGAAAAGUUCAUCAACUACAUGAUCAACAAAGACAGGAUCUUUAGAGAUGUGAGAGUCCAACAACAACUCUUCAAAUGUGAAGGAAGGGUUGAAAACUACAGAAUAAUUACCAAUGUUGGAGGUUGUGACAUAAGGAUGAAAGCCAACAUGCAAGAAAGCACCUGGGUUCCACGCCAGGUUUCCUUUUACAUUGGAUUCACCAUCAGUGGUCCAGUAGCUUUUGGCAUCCAAACCAAGCCAGAUGGACGUCCAAGCACCAGAGAGGCCAGUAAUAGUCCAGAAAACACCAGGCCAUGGGUCAAAGUCAAACCUAAAGACACAACAAGAAGCAAUGUCAAAACCUACAGCUUGCAGUGUGAAGCAGGAAGGUUCCAAUGCACCGUGUCAGAUCUACGCUGGGUUUGUAGUAGAAAAGUCAGCUUCGCAUACCAGUUUAAAUCUUGGGAAGACCAUGAGCAGAAGCUGAAAGAAGUGUGUUAUAAUCCUGGAGGUCCCCUCCUGGAGAUCAAAGUCACAGAUGGAAAGUUUGAUGAUGUGUAUCUCCCAUACUGGAUCUGUGCCACUUCUGAGAAAUUUGCAGUUUUACAUAGUAAAAAGAAUGGAACCUUCCUAGAACAAGUGUCCGAGGUCGGGCCCUCACAUGUCAGGUUAUUCCACCCCAGUUUCACCACAAAUGGAGUCAUUAUUAAAGAAGACGUAGUAGUGAGAGCAAAGGACAAAAAGGACAACGUACACACACUAGAGAGGAGUACAAAGUAACAUCAUGAAGAAGUAACCGGGAUGGACAGGCAAUGUUCUGGAAAAGUUUUUCCUUUUUCUUCUUUAGUUGCUGUUAGUUCCCUUAGUUAACCCAUGACCUUUGACCUUAGUGCAUGAGCGUGUGUGUGUGUGUGUGUGUGUGUGUGUGUGUGUGUGUGUGUGUGUGUGUGUGUGUGUGUGUGUGUGUGUGUGUGUGUGGUAUAUAUUGAGGGUUGCAUUAAAUUUAAGUAUAAAUGAAUCCAAACUGGUUAAGCCUAAAUACUUACACUAAUCUAUCAAAUCUCAUGUCUGCUUUACUGCUUGAUACAAAAUGUGUUUUGUGUCUUUGUUGUCCAAACACAAAAAAUAUAUAACGAAAUAAAGAGGACCUACCUGAAGGUAAGCAGUUAAAAAAUAUAAGUAAUUUACAUUCACAUUACUUUUUUAUUUGAUGUGCAUAUUCUUCUAUUUGUAUUUGUUUUUGUAAAUUAAUAGUUUAAUAACGUUUAUUUUCCAUUGUUAUGCUUGUUUUAUUUCUGUAAAUUAACUACAAAUAAAAUCAGGAGUGUGUAAAACAGUAAAGUGCUAGGAUGAUAAAAAGAUGAUAACGUAGCGGCCCAAAGUCAGACCUCACUGAUGCCCCUGAGGACGGUAGGAAGUUGUAUUUAAGUGUUAUAUGUGUUAUAGUUACGCAUUAGUAGUGUGGAGGUUUUUAUGUGUGUUUGGAAGUAGUGUUCAUGUCUUGGUAUUGGUCAUGCCAUUGUCUGUUGCGAUAUGUUGUGAUGAUGUGCUGAUCUCAACAAUACAAGUUUUUGGAAGUCAGUUAUGUCAAAUAUUUCUUAACGCUUAAAAAACAAUAAAAUGCAAAACUAUU